AUGGAUCUUGAACUUCGUUGUCCAUCAUGUAAAGAAUAUUAUCAAUUACCUAUCUAUUUACCAUGUUCACAUUCAAUUUGUUAUACAUGUGCAUUAACUUCAAUUCGAUCAAUAAAUAUAAUUGAAGAAAAUAAUUCUUCAUCAAAUAAUUCAUUUGCUUCUGAUCUUGAUAAACUUUCUUUAACAAGUGAUAAUGAUUCAGGUAUAUCAACAACUAGUCGUUCGUCUAGUUUAUUUUUACCACCAGCUUUACCUGAAAUAUCAUGUUUAUCAAUAAUUUCUAAUCAUAAAAAAAUUUAUUCAACUUAUUUACAAUGUUCUGUAUGUUUAAAAAUUAUUUAUAUGGAUAUAACAGGUAUAAAAAGUUUACCAAAAAAUUAUCUUCUUAUUGAUAUUAUUAAUCGUUAUCAUAAAGAAAAAUUUUUGGAACAAAAAAUUUUCAAAUGUCAAUUAUGUCCAUUAUCAAAACAACAAUCAAUUACAUAUAUCUGUGAACAAUGUCAAAUUGGAUAUUGUAAUCAAUGUCGAGAACAAUAUCAUCCAAUGCGAGGACCAUAUUCUAAACAUAUUUUUAUUAAUGCAAUAGAACAAUUAUCUAAUCAUAAUGAAAAAAUUUUUUGUCAUGAUCAUUUAGAUCGUUUAGCUAAUUUUUAUUGUCUUCAUUGUCAAUUAGAAUGUUGUCAACAAUGUUCUAGACAUACAAAUCAUCAGAUUAUAUCGAUUCAUCAAGCAACUAAAAUGUUUAAGACGCAAUUGUCAUCACAAUUACAUGAUUUAUCAGAAAAAGCAAAAUAUAGUGCAGAUUUUCUUACUAAAUUAAAAUUAUAUCCAGAAUAUAUAAAAAAAAAUGCUGAAAUAUUUCAAACAAAUAUUAUCAAAGAAAUUGAUAAUCUUAUAUUAAAAUUAGAAACUAAAAAACAAGAAUUAUUAACAUAUAUUAAUGAUGAAAUUGAAAGAAAAAUUUCAUUAAUACAUCGACAAUAUUCAUCUUAUAAUGAACAUAUACAACGAACAACAGGAUUUUUACAAUUUUCAAUUGAAGCAUUAAAACAAUCAGAUCCAUAUAUUUAUCUUCAAGUAUGUCAUGGUUUGAAUAGUAAAUGUUCAUAUUUACAAGAAAGUUUCUCUGAUGAAUAUGAAUGUAAAUCACAUACAUCAUAUGAAAUUGAUUUUACAUUCAAUACUGAAUAUCUUUAUCGAGAUAUUCAUCGUUUACAAUUUCAACAAAUUAAACUACCAUCAUCACCACGUUUUAUAGCUGAACAAUGUGUAUGUCAUGAUAAUGAAUCUGGAACUAGUUCUGGUAUGCUUGCUUGGUCAAUACAUGAUAUUGGAGCUAUUCAAGGUUUUAUCCUUGAAUUAGAUAAUGGAACAAUUGGUUCAGAAUUUCGACAAGUAUAUGAUGGUAAUGAAACAAUGUGUGCUAUUGAUGGGCUUCUUCCAUCAUGUGUUUAUACAGCAAGAAUAAAAGCUUAUAAUCAAGCAGGUGAAAGUGCCUAUAGUGAAUGUAUAACACUUCAUUCAUCUUCCGUUGAUUGGUUUACAUUUAAUCCUCGUACAACACAUCCAGAUAUAAAAUUUUUAUCAAAUGAUUUUCAUUCAAUAACAUGUCUUAGUUUACAAGAACGAGUAGCACUUGGUUCACGAGGUUUUCGUCAAGGUAUUCAUUAUUGGGAAAUAACUAUUCAACAUUAUGAUGAUAAAUCUGAUCCAGCAUUUGGUAUAGCACGUUUUGAUGUAUCAAAAGAAAAUAUGCUUGGUAAAGAUUCAAAAUCUUGGUGUAUGUAUAUAGAUAGUCAACGUUCAUGGUUUAUGCAUAAUGGACAACAUACCAAUCGUAUUAAUGGUGGAAUAUCUAUGGGUUCUAUAAUUGGUAUUUUAUUAGAUUUAAAUAAUGGUACAUUAAGUUUUUAUAUCAAUGAUCAACCACAUGGACCAAUUGCAUUUUCAAAUUUAAUACAAGGCGAUGUUUAUUAUCCAGCUGUUAGUUUAAAUAAAAAUAUACAAUUAACACUUGUUUCUGGACUUGAUCUACCUUGA